CCGCUGGUUCGGUUACGCGCGCGGCCCGGGGUUUUUACCGCAAUGCAUCAGUCCGAGCGUCACCGGAGCUCCAGAACUCACCGAGCGGCGUUAAACCCCGUCAGAUCCCAGCUUACCGAUCACCCGCGUCCGUCUGAGGAGGAUCUUAUCACGGAGGCAAGUGACGGUCUGCAUGAGGCGCUGUGUGUGAAUAUAAAUACAUUAACGGAUGCGCGCGCGGAGCAGUGUUUAUCAGGUGGUGAUUAACGUCAGGUGUGUGGCUCAUAUAAACUGUGAUCUCAGGUCUCUGAGGGGGGCCUUCACUAAACCUCUGUACAGCAGCAGGCCGCGGAUUCUGGACAUGAAGCUCCAGCACUAGUGUGUGUGUGUGUGUGUGUGUGUGUGUGUGUGUGUGUGUGGUGGUGAUGAUGAUGAUGAUGAUGAUGAUGAGGCGUCUGCUGCUCCUGUGUGUGUUCUGCACACUCUCCGUGUCUCUGUGCAGCGGAGCCUGUGCCGAGGUGGAUUCAGACACCGAAGCUGUGGCAGGAAAGAGCUUCAAGCUGGGAUGCAUCUCCUGUAAGAUGCGUGGAGAGGUGAAGGCCUCGGCCACCGUCGACUGGCAGUUCAGAGCCAGAGGAGAAGCAGACUUCGUGCUCAUCUACAGCUACGACGGCGAGGCGUCCAGCAUCAUCGACGAGCGCUUUCAGGGCCGCAUGGAGUGGCACGGCAGCAGGAACACCUUCGACAUUCAGGACGCGUCAGUAGACCUCCUCAACGUCACCUUCAACGACUCCGGCGUCUACCGCUGCGUCUUCAACCGAGUGCUCAGCUACGAAUACUACGAGUUCUCCACCACCGCCACCAAACUGGUGCAGCUCUCCGUCGUGGCCAAAGCGACGCGGGGCACAGCGUCCAUCGUGUCAGAGGUCAUGAUGUACGUGACCAUCAUCGGCCUGCAGCUCUGGCUCCUGGUGGAGAUGAUCUACUGCUACAGGAAGAUCUCAGCAGCUGGAGAAGAAGCACUCAGAGCCAGCGCAGCGGAGUAUUUAGCGAUUGCGUCUGAGGGUAAGGACAACUGCGCCGGUGUGCAGCUAGCAGAAUAGCACAGGUUCUUCCAGACGCUCUUCCUCCUGAGCUGCUCUCCCUGUCUCCUCUUCCUCUGUGUUUCUGACUCUUCUGAUCUUCACCUGGACGCUCUCGAUC